AUGGACAUCACGGGAGUAACUUGUGGACCCGGAUAUGGCAUCAGUAUCGAUAGUCUUGGAAAGUUUGCAAAUGAAGAACCUGUUGAAGGAAUUAAAGUGUCGAAGUGUACCUUGACAGAUACUUCGAAUGGUGUUGGAAUCAAGACUUGGGCAGAUCAAUUUCCUAGCACAGCAUCAUAUAUGCAUUUUGAGGAUAUUACCGUGAAAAAUGCAAACUCGAAUGUUAAACUAAGCAACAUCAGCUUCAAGAACAUUAUUGGUACAGUUGCACUUCAAGAAGUUGUUAAACUCGUUUGCAGUGGUACUUUUCCAUGCGAAAAUAUAGAACUCGUUGACAUGGACAUUACGUUUAGUGGACCGGAUGGACUUGCAAAAUCCGAAUGUAAAAAUGUUAAACCAAAAGGUACUGGCAAACAAAAUCCGGUUGCUUGUUCUACCCCGUACCAGCAAACCCUACCCCUACGAUUUAAAUGUUGGCUGGCAAUAAAAAGAGGGAAAAAAACAAAGUGA